AUGGAUCCUGCCGCAGAACCUCAUCGCGCACACGGACCCAGACGAGGAGUGGGAUUGGCGGGAGAUAUCGUCGCUUCCGUGUCAAAGGGCCUCGAAGCAUUGACCUGUGGGCAUCGGAACCCUGCCAGCGAGAUUGUCGGCAUUGUCUCGGACGGGCUGAAGCGUGGCGCUGGGGAGACGCCGAAUAGGCACCCGGAGAAGAGAAGAUGA